GCUGUUGAAGCUGAGUGAAAAAGCGCGCUGUUGGCGAGUUUUUCACUUUUCUUACCCCAGAAAUGAAACUGAAAGCAGAAAAAAAAGUGCGCUUCCAAACAUCACAGUUGUGGAGAGCUAAUGUAUUUGGAGGCAACAGAACACAGAAGAGGACCAGGUUAUGCAAUACCUUUUGUUUUCUAAGCCAUUUAACGAGCUGAUAAUGUGCAGAGGACAAGCCUUUUAAGUCAGCGGGUUACAUAACAGAUACUCAACAAACCAGACAUGAGCCUCCAGGUUUGUCACUGCGGCUGGUCCAAAGUAACGACCUACCACGGCCUGAGAACCCACCAGGGGAAGAUGGGAUGCACACCGAGGGGUGUGAAGGUGGAAGAGAGUGAACAGCAGUACAUGUGGGGACAUAUUGAACUCACAAACAAUCAAAAGGACUUUGAGCUGGAUCUCUACACUUCUAUCGAGACUGACACAACAGACUACUAUUCACACAUGAGCCUCCAGAUUUGUCAGUGUGGCUGGUCCAAAGUUACAACUUACCAUGGCCUGAGAACCCACCAAGGCAUGAUGGGAUGCACGCCAAAGGGUGUGAAGGUUGAAGCGAAUGAACAGCAGUACAUGUGGGGACAUGUGGGACACACAGACAAUCAAAAAGACUUCAGGCUGGAUGGCUACACUUCUAUCAAGACUGAAGCAGCAGACGACUAUUCAGAUGUGAGCUUCCAGGUUUGUCACUGUGGCUGGUCCAAAGUUACGACCUACCACGGCCUGAGAAUCCACCAGGGGAAGAUGGGAUGUACGCCGAAGAAAACGAGGAUCCCAAAGACAGAGCAGUGCGACUGGAACAAUCAGUGGGAAGAAGUGGGUCAAAGGAAACAUCAGCCAGCUAAGAGAACGACUGUCAAGAAGGAGAAUGCGCCAUUGCGGCCAAGCACCAACAGCCGUACCAUCUCUGCUGAAAAAACAGGCCCGAUCAAGGUGGAAAACAAAUCAUCUUUUGCAACUCCACAACGCUCUUCCCAAAGAGCCACGCACCCAAAGGCAGGCCAUCAGCUGCAGGGUUCCUCCACCCAUCCACAGAGAACCGAUUGUAGAGCCGUGACAGGAUAUUGGAGCCAUACUGACUCUGGAACAGCAGACGCAUUUAACAAGGAGCCCAAAACACCGACUCUACCACGCUCUUCCCAAAGAGCCUCGAACUCAAUGGCAGGCCAUCAGAUGCAGGAUUCCUUCACCCAUCCACGAGUGAUUGGAGCAGACAGGGAGCAUCCAACACCAACAUACCCGGUUCCAGUAGUCAGACCGAAGAAGAAAGACAGGAAGGACCAAACAUUAUCACAGAAAUCAGACCGUAGAGAGAUGUCAGGGAAUUGGAGCAUCAACAGUUGUACCGACUCUGCAACAGUAGCCACAAUCAAGGAGGAGCCCAAGUCACCUUUAGCAAUUCCACAGCAGUCUUUCCAUACAGCCUCAAACUCAGAGCUGCAGGAUUUCUCCACUGGUGUGCAGGUCAAUAGAUCGUUCGGGGAGUUUCCAACUGUCCCACGGAUAACAGUAGUCCGACCUAAGGAGAGGGAUCACACAUUAUCACAGGUGAAGAGUUUGGUCAGAAAGCGUCCAACCACCACAGACCCAGCAACAGUAGUCCGACCUAAAGGGAGAGUAUCCAACAUUGGCACAGCUUUUACAACUCCACAACAGUCUUUCCAAACAGGGACAAACUCAAAAGCAGGCCAUCGGCUGCAGGAUUUCUUCACUGGUGUGCAGCUGAAUAGAUCAGUAGGGGAGUUUCCAAGAUCUUCACCUCUGGCCACAGUAGUGCAGCCUGAGGAGAAGGACAGGAAGGAUCACUCACUAUCACAGGCAAGGCAAGAGGGAUUUCAAUCUGAAUUACCGUGGAAAAUUCAGAUGAGAAAAGAAAAGUUUAGUGAAAUCAGACCAGCGGAGAGAGCCUGCGAGAGUGCCCCAGAUUCAAAAUGUUCCAACAUCCAAACGAAUUCUGCAGCAGCGGAGGCCACGAAAAAGAAGGACCCCGAAUCCUCGUGUGAGACUGCACAGCCUGAUUUCUCCACUGGCAUGAAGUUGAAGGAACUGGUCCGGAUGUUUUCAGCCACCACAACCCAGGAAACAGUAGUCCGACCAAAGAAGGAACACAGAGAGGAAAUCUUAUUUUUCCCCUCACUGAGGUGCCAGAUUUGCUAA